UUUAUUAUCUUUACAGUGUUGACUUUCAUCUGUGCUGCUAUACGUGGUUAAUUUCCUCUGCUCGGAGACUGAUAAAAAUGUUGUUGUUCUCGUACCUACGUCACCUCACUGAAACAAAUGAAUAAUCUCUGAACCUAUCUUCAACAGUCCGGGCUAUUAUUCAUAUCAAAAGAGUCUAAAUAUAUGCUGCCACCCUCGCAGCAGUUAACAUGCACUGUUACACUCAAGAGUAAAUGGCGUGUGUGCGCGCUCACAGACUUCUUGAGUAACCGCAUACAUGUUUCCUCUUCUCUUAUUUUAGCGUCCUUUACCAAGAAAAGUCUUCCUUGCUUCCCCUUUUUAAACCAGAUGUGAAUCUUCACUCUCGUUCUCGUCUUAUCUGACUGCUGAGGUCAACUAAGAUAAGUUUGUUUGUGUGUGUGUGUGUCAAAGAAAAAAAUACAGAACAUGAAUGAGCACUCUAUUGAAUACAUUCAGGGGGCGCUAGAAUGCCUUUGACACAAACACAAACACCGUUUGCAGAUAAUUGCUGUCGUCGCUGGGUCGUGAAUGUUUCUGAAUGUUUUUAAUCAUAGGGACGUACAAAAACAUAUGUAUUUUUCCAUUCCAAUUUGGGCUUUUUUUUUUGCUUUUGCUGUUAGGCAUUUAGCUGUCCUUUAUUCUAUAUUCCAUAGUACUGGUGUUUACUAGAUGGGUGUAAAUGCAGCUGGUGAAUACCAUGUGUAUAACAUAUGCAUAGUGUAUAAUUCGUAUUAUUAACUCCACUAUUUCAAAAGCUAAUCAAGUGUACGAUGUCAUUAAUGUAGCCUGAACUACAACUCCCAAAACUGCCUCCUAGACAUUUUGAGGAUUAUUUGUUAAUGUCUUUUUUGGUUCAAAUUGGUAUUACAUCUUACAUUAUGUAAGAAUUUGAUGUGUUUACUGCCUACGAAGCCUGGAUUUCAGUUGAACUUGAACAAAUGUAAAAGGAUUGUUGAAUCUAUUUUCUGUUCCGUGUUUGUGUACAGUUGGUCUCCAGUGUUUCUUCACUACUUGGACACGAUGGUAGAAGCUGCUUUCAAAGCUAGUUUUGCUUCUCUUUUUUUACUGCACUGGGAAAUUCAGGACUCGGAGCUACAAAAAUUUUACAGCAGAUUAUUGAAGUUACUCAAAGCGAAGGAGUUCGGUCAUGAGACGAUGGACUCCCUGCAGAGGUUGCACCUCAUUCUGUCUGCCAACAAAUACACAAAGACGUUGCCUGCAGAGCUACAGAGAAAACUUUCACCUCUUCUCUCGUCACCAUCCGAGCAGCUUCAGGUGUUGAGCACAGCUGUGCUCCGUGAAACACUGCCCCUCCCUGGUGAGGAACAGAUCUACAACCAGGAAAACAUCCAUUCCUAUUCACUGCUGCUCUCACAGUGUAGCUCCAGAACCGAGCUGUCAUCUCUAUGCACUCGGCUCCUUCGCAGCCUGGAGAAUCGUCAGUCAGAAAAUCAGAGCAGUUCACUCACACACAUACUCCCAAUCCUGAACACCAUCCUCACACACAGCCCGGAGCGUCUCACAGAAGAUCAGGUGACUCUUCUGAGCAAAAAGCUUGUUGACUGGCUGCGUUAUGCAAGCAUCACACAGGGAGGCGCCGUUUCCUCAGGAGGGUUCUUCACCGGACCCAGGUCUCGGCAGCCAGUGCCCAUAGCAGAACUGGACGGAACAGUUUCUGGAGAUUUCUUCACCGUGCUGUGUGUGGGCCAGGGUUUCACCGAGGAUCAGUGGAUGAACGUUUACUCCUUUUCUAUGCUUCGACAUUGGCUUCUCACCUUUCACUCUGUUCCUAGCAGCGUUUCCUUAUCUGAUACAGCGAACAGACUACAGCUCAGCUUCUCCCUCUCCCACUCCCAUUCAUUUUCUAAUGAUGACCGCUCUGAGGUGGAUGGCUCAGUGGUCUCCAUGGUCUCGGCGACUUCCUCCUCCAGCCGACUGCUGCCCCCAAAGGAGCGGCUGAGAGAGAAGGCUUUCCAGUACUGCCUGCGCCUGAUCGAGCAGUGUGACCGCAAGGCACAGAAGAAGUCGGACACAGAGCUGCAGAAAGCGUGUUUGGUGGAGGCUGUGUGUAUCCUGGACUGUGUGUGUACGGAGGACUCCUCACUGGUCUACAGAACCUUCCCAUGUGUUAAAGCUCUCUUUGGUCGCCUCAGCUCCGACCUGACGUUUGCCCGAGUGCUGCUGCCCAUAGCACAGUUCUACCUCAACCAUGGGGAAAUUGCAGCCGUGGAUUGUGACAGUGUGUGGCAGCUGGUGUUCAGUCAGUUUCCCGCUGAGCUUUUCAACGAUCCUUUCCUGGCGUACGAGCUUCUCCGUUUCCUACGACUGAACGUCGAGAACCUGCAGCUGCGAGUUCCACAGUACACACACUCCUUCCCAAACCUGCUGAAGUUUUUGGCUUGGGAUGGCCCAGCAGUCGUUGACGACUUUGUGGAUCUGCUGCCCUCUCUGGUGACUGUUGAUACUGCAGUGGAGCUGCUCCACGCACUGCUGGACCUGCCCUGUCUCUCUGCCACCCUCAUCCUGCAGCUCAGGACAACGAGCACACCUAUAGCUGAGGCCUGUGGGCGUGGCCUCUUGUCAUUGGAUGCAUUCCGAUCCCCCUCCUUCAGAGGUCUUUUCCUCUACUUACUUCGGACUGAAACAGGAUCAGGUGACACGAUUGACAGACUCAGCACGCUCCAUGAGCUGCUCACUGAAGCAUCUGAUUGGCCGCGGGUCGUUCAGUGUGCACAGACUGUUCCGGUGCUGUUACACAUUUUCUUCAACACAGUCGUUAAGGUUGGCGAUGUGAAACUUUUAGCCCACUUGAUGCUGGUGAUGCUGGAGAGAAGCAGCCUGCUCCUCAAACUGCCCACGUACACCACUGAGAUUCACAGGGUGUUCAGUUGCCACCUGCUGAGGUUGUGUAAGCUCCACCCCUCUCUGGUGGUGGAUCAGUCGCACGACCUGCUGGAGUUCGCCGGAACCACAGCCAACGCCUAUAGCAAAGAAGAGGUCUACACUCAUGUGGUGUGGGCUCUGGGAGAUAACCUCUCUGUUUCCUGUGAUUCUCGCUGCUCCGUGAAGCUGAUCACUUCCUGUUUUGAGACGCUGGAGGCGGUGCUGUUUGAGGUCACUUCCUCCGCUCCAUUACCUGGUGCAGCUCGUCCGGCGCCGCGUGUCAUCACCAGUCUAAUGAGCGCACUCGCGAAACUGGCCUCACGGUCACAUGACCUCAUCCCCAGGGUGUCGCUUUUCCUCUCAAAGCUGCGAACAGUGGCCAGGGGAGGACCAGUUCCCUGGUGCUCGUCUGGAGAGGAUCUCAGUGCCAUAGUGACACGAGGGGAGGAGCUCUGGUCACUCCUGAAGACCCCCGGUGUGGCUCAGAGUGUCCUGUCCCCAGCAGCACACACCACCACACCACGGUGGCAUCAGGACACCAACCUGUCGCUGCCGUUACAGCUGCGAACCCUCACGAGCCUCACGCACACACGGUAACACCCUCACGCUCCGUGGUCGUGUCCGUGUGAAAUUCUUUUUGUACAUAACCUUCAUAAAUAAAGUGAACAUAUUUAAAUCAAA